UGCGAUUGGUCAACGGUGUUGUUGACAUAACGGUCGAGUGAAGCAAACCAACCGCAAACCGAUCGGCGACUGCACAGCCAAUGGCGAAGCUACUGGCAACGUUCAAAGCCACCCUCACGAGGAUACUGUUUGCCGCCCACGGGUUCAUCGCGAUCUGGCAGGUGACGCAAAACAAGAAGGAACCCAUCUACUGGUGUCUGUGCGCCCCGAUCGGCGUACUCUUUAUCGAGGGCAUCUUUACGCUGGCGAUCAAGAAGAACCAGGAAUGGCGCUGGUUCUGUCCGUCCGUCUUUCUGUACCUGUCCAGUAUCGUCCCUGCGAUAUGGUUGCUGGAGCUGGACAAGCUGGACAAGCGUACCCGGUACCAGGACCAGAUGCUGAACGAAACCAUCAAUCUUGCGGCGACGGUCGGCAAGGAUCUGAAGGACCUGAACAAGAUGCUGGGCGUCAAGAUUCAGCUGCCGGACAUCCAGCUAACGGCCGAGAUGUGGGUCACGCUGAUCGAGCAGUUCCUUAUGCUCGUACUCAUCAUUGGCCGGUGGAUGCUGCCGAAGGGAGAUCUCACCCGGGACCAGCUCAGCCAGCUGCUGCUCGUGUACAUCGGGACGGCGGCGGACAUUAUCGAGUUUUUUGACUCCUUCAAGGAUGCGAAGAUUGCAAACGAACCGGUGCUGGUGCUGCUGACGCUUAGCAUCUGGUCCUGGUCGUUGCUGCAGUUCACCAUCGUUCUGUCGGCGACACGUGCCCGCAAACCACGGGGCGGUGGAAGCCAACCGAGGGCCACCGGACCGGAUGGGGCCGAUGAUACGAGCUGCUGCAAUGUGGCCUGCUGUAACAUCGAUGUGUGGGGCAUUGCGCUGAACAUUUUGCUGCAGGACGCACCGUUCCUUACCUUCCGGUUGCUCAUCAUCGUGCACUACAAAAUCAUCACCUACAUGAACAUCUUCUUCACCUGCAAAAACACGCUCGUGAUACUGCUGCAACUUUACCGGCUGUACGUGGUGAAUUCGGAAAAUCGGAAAGCGGCCGCCACCAGGAAGCGGUUGAAGAUGCGGGCACGGGCCGAACAGCAGUCGGCAAGUCGGCAGCAGAAGCAGCGCAAAAUUAGCAAAAGGAAAGUGGCAGACAUUGGAGAUGAUGACCCGGACCAGGACGGACGAAAGUCGAAGCAUUCGCGGAAAAGUCGGUCGUCCUCGUCCCGCAAGGACACUGGCUACUCGACCGCCAGCAGUCAGACGACGGCCGAGCAGCGGCGUCAGCGACGGUCGGCGACGGUGAAACCGCGGCCCGGUACCGUGUCGGAUGAGGACGAUCCACCGAACCACCACGGUGAUGGCGGUGCGGUGGAAGAUGAUGAUUGCAACCUGUCAGAGGGCGAACGGCGCCCGGGAAAAGGUGAAGCACGUCGGGCAAAGGACGCAAAGGACAGAAAAUCUUCCACCAACCGACACGCGGACACGAAGCAGGCUGGGAGCCGCGGUCGAAAGCAACGAACCUCCUUGGACAGUGAUCGUAGCGAGGAUGGCAACACUGGCACCGAGACGCGCCAUCAGCGAAAACGGCGCAACGGAACCGACACAACGGCCGGUGGUGGUAGCUUCGAGAUUAUCCACGAAAAAACGUCCAGCGGACGGAAGAAGAAAUCGAAACCUCCGCCACAGCACGACAAGUCACCUCCACCACCACCACCACCACCGGACGAAGAGUCCUCCUCCUCCGGAUCAUCGUCCGCUUCCAGCAGCGAGUCCUUUUCCGGGUCGGAAUAA